GUAUUUAUUUUACGCAGAGGCCUAGCAUCAUUACAUUACAAUGCACUAGCGUUGAAGCACUACCAUUUCGACCCAGGGUUUGCGAGCCGGUUGAGACACAGUGCAAGCCGAAAUGGCUGCUGACGGGGUCAUUUGUGAUGGUGACCACCUAGUGCUGGACGUAAAUGGAGAGAAGCUCUCAUUUGUGCAGAAGCUGAAGGCAAACGGGACAAUGCGCGUGGGCAAGUACACCGUGUCGACUGCACCCCUCAUCGGGGCCCCCUUCGGCGCGCUGUUCGAGGUCACCGCCGACGGCAAGAGCUUGCAGCGGGUUCUCCUGCCGCCCGCGGAUGAGAUCACGCGCAUCACCGACACGGAGCGCGACAACAGCAACCUGUUUGACCGAAACACAGAAAACCAGAAGCUGACGCAGGAGCAGAUUGAGGAGCUGAAGAAGUCGGGCAAGGCUGGCAGUGAGAUUGUUGACCUCCUAUGCAGCAACAGUGCAACCUUUGAGAAAAAGACGGAGUUUGCUCAGGACAAGUACAAGCGGCGCAAAGCCAAGAAGUACAUCACGUACCUGACGCCGCGCAAGCCCACAGCGCGCAUGAUCUCGGAGGCAUAUUACGACAAGUGCCCGGAGCGGGUGUGGAACCUGCGCCACGACACGCUGGCGGUGAUGCUGUCACUCGGCAACGUCGCGGCGGGCGCCAAGGUGUUAGUGGUCGAGCACUGUCUUGGGCUGGUGACGGCGGCGGCUGUGGAGCGGCUGGGCGGGCAGGGCGCCGUGUGCGCCACGCAGCUGGACGAGCGGGCGGCGCCGCUGGACGCGGUCCGGCUGAUGAACCUGGACCCGCAGCAGCGCUCCGUGCUGUUCACCGCCUACGCCUCCUCGCUGCUGAAGGACAAGGCGGCGGUGGAGCGCUGCGAGGGGCUGGCGGCCAUGACCACGGCUGUGCCUGCAGCUGCGCCGGCGACGAUUGCGGCGGCGGCAGUAACAGGGGCGUCAGAGGCGGCCGGGGAGCAGGCCGCGCAGGCGGACGAUGGGAAACAGCAGGCGGAGGAGGCGGCUGGCGCAGGUGGGGAGGAGGCAAAGUCGGCGGACGCAGCGGAAGAGGCGAUGGAGGUGGACGCAGCCACGGCUGCUUCUGGCUCGGCAGCGGGGCCAGACGCAGGGGCAGGGGCAGGGCCAUCCGCCGGCGGGCAGCAACAAGAACGGCAGCCGCGGGGCGGCGAUGGCCGCGACGGCGGUGGUGGCGGCUACGGCUCAUUCAUGCCGCGGCCCGAGGCGCUUUGCAGUGUGCUGGUCAGCGGCUUUGACUGCUGCCUGUUGGCGCACCCAAAGAUGCACCCCACCGCUCUGCUGGACGCCAUCUGGCCGCUGCUGGCGCCCUCCGCCACCUUUGCCGUGUACAGCCCCUGGGCGCAGCCGCUGGCGGAGGCGCUGGCUCACCUGCAGGGCAGCCGCAACGCGGUGAUGCUGCAGCUGCAGGAGAGCUGGCUGCGGCCGCACCAGGUCCUGCCGGCGCGCACGCACCCGCACAUGACCUGCAGCGGCAGCGGCGGUUACCUGCUGAGCGGCAUCAAGGUUGUGCCGCCGGAGGCGACGCCGCUGGCGGCCGCGCUGGUGCAGCACCUCAAGUCGGCAUCGGGCGGUGCGGCUGCCGGCGGCAGUGGCGCGGGGCCCGCUGUGGAGGCGAAGGAGGCGGCUGGCGGCGAGGGCGAGGGGCAGGGGGACGGCGAGGGCCGGGGCCGCUGGCAGGUGAGCUUGUGGAGCGGACAGGACUUCGGGAGUUGGUGUCUGUGCUUGCACGUUCACUGCUCUCGCUAGAAGCGUCGACCCUACAUUGCGACUGCAUGUAUCACAUCCCUU